AUGGAGACGGCAUUAAAAUCAUGGGAAUUGGACAAUAACGUCGAGCUUGUCGACCCGAAACGAGACGCCCUCUACAGCUACGAUGUCGAAGCCCGCAACGCAAGCAUGGCUGCCCGCCCCUGGGCCCGCGACCCCAACUACUUCAAGCACGUCCGCAUCUCCGCCGUCGCCCUCAUCAAGAUGACCAUGCACGCACGCUCGGGCGGCAUCCUCGAAGUCAUGGGCCUCAUGCAGGGCUACACCGACGGCGAUACCUUUGUUGUGACGGAUGCUUUCCGCCUCCCCGUCGAGGGCACAGAGACCCGCGUCAACGCCCAAAACGAUGCAAACGAAUACCUCAUCGAGUACCUCGACCUCUGCCGCGCACAGGGCCGCCAGGAAAACGUCGUCGGUUGGUACCACAGCCAUCCCGGCUACGGAUGCUGGCUUUCUGGCAUCGAUGUCGACACGCAGGCCAUGCAACAGCAAUUCCAGGACCCUUUCCUGGCCGUUGUGGUGGACCCUGACAGGACGAUCUCUGCUGGCAAGGUCGACAUUGGCGCGUUCCGAACAUAUCCUGCUGAUUACAACGCCGACGGUGCCGGCACUGCCGACGAUGGGUUCCAGGCGGUCCCUCUCGACAAGGCGGCCGAGUUUGGCGCUCAUGCAAACAGGUACUAUAGCGUCGAAGUGUCACAUUUCAAGUCGACGCUUGAUACGCAUCUGCUGGAGCAGCUCUGGCACAAGUACUGGGUACAGACGCUGAGUCAGAGCCCCUUGCUUACGGGUCGCGAGUAUAGCACCAAGCAGCUGCGCGAUCUGGGACUCAAGGUGAAUGAGGCGUCGGGUAUGCUGGGCAGACGAGGUGGCGGCGGCCUGGGUGGUGCUGGUGGACAGUCGGUUGUUCCGGGAGGCAAGCAGGGCGAGAAUGCGAUUGCCAAGGUUGUUCGUGAGGCCGAGACGAUUGCGAGCAAAGAGCGCAUGGGUCUGAUUUCGGGCGAGGUCAAGGCUAAGCUGUUCAAUGGGCUUGGUAAGGCGGAAUAA